AUGGGGGAAAAUGAUUGGAAAAGAGAGCAUAAAGUAGCGUGCGUGCGCGCGGCGGCGGGGGGGCCGGUGGGGGCGGCGGCGGCGGGCGGAGGCGGCAAGUCGCUCUGCGGCGAUGCGGAGCGGAGCGGCAGCGGAGUGCAGCCAUGGCGAGCGCGAGCGGAGGAGCGGCCGGCGUGCCUGGGCCUGUGGCUGGGCGGGUGGCGGGUGUGGCGCGGCGUGCGCGUCGCCGGCGCCGGGCGGGUGCGGGGCCGAGGCGCGCUGCGCGACGCGGGUGCCUUCCGCCUGCCCGCCCACGCGCGCAUCUUCGGCGGCGUCAACGCCUCCGCGCACGAGUUCCCCGCGCAGCACUCCGUCCGGACGGUGUUGGGCUUCGGGACGGCCAACAAGCAGCGCCUGGAGUACCAGGUGGCGGCGCGCGUCAUCCCACACGAGGAGUACGUGCUGUACGGCCGCAACGACAACAACGCGGAAAACGACGUGGGCCUCGUCGAGGCGUCGGAGCGGCUGCCGCUGGACGGGCGCGCGGUGGCGGCGGCGCGCCUGCCCGACGCCCUGCACCCGCUGCCGCGCGGCCGCGGCGUCGUCGUCACCGGCUGGGGCCGCUGGACCUACGACGACCUGCAGGCUCAUCCUGGCUCCACAGCAGUUCUCAAGAAGUUGGACGUGCACAUCUUCCCGUGCCCGGGGGACGUGUCCCACGUAAUCUGCAUUCAGACGGACGCAGGGACAGGCAUAUGUGACGGAGAUUCUGGUGGGCCCCUAAUGGUGAACGGAGUAUUCUACGGAGUGGCAUCAUACGUUGACAAUGUGAACGACGACCCCAUGCUGGACCCAAACCUGCACUGCAAUGAAGUCGGGUCCUGGGCAGUGUACAUGUCUGUACAGGCUUACAGACCCUGGAUUCAUCAGCACACCGGCAUCUGAGCGCCGGCACACGACAAGAAGCGGCGAAGAAGACACGCAAAUAUGAAUACAAGAACCCCUCAGAGCUCAUCUUGCAUGUCAUUAACAUAGUGCGAUGCAAGGGAAGAAAUCUUGAUGUACGAAAGAUGAUGUACGAGGAAAAUAAAACAGUUUAGAGAAUGAGACAGAACAGAAGUCGUAAGUCCAUUUUUUCUAAUAAAUAUAGUUAAAUUUUCUCUUAAUUGUCGUUUAAUUUUUAACGAGUCUCUUGACUAUGGAAAAAGUACAAAUGCUUGAUUUUAAUAUAGUAUUGAAUGUUCACAAUACAUAUUUAAAUUUCAUAUUGUAUAAUUUUCAUCCACAUACUCAAUCACGAACAAUAACCACAAU